UUGUUCCUCUCCCCACAGAGAUGGUUGGUGGUUGCCUGAGCUGCCUCUUCGCAUACAUUUUUGUGCUACUUCUCGGGGUCUGCUUUUAUGAUGUGGAGGCUUCCAGUUGUCAACGUGUCAUCCAUAAGAAAGUUGGAGACACCGUGGAGUUGUCAUCCUGCUUACCAACUGAAGAGGUCAUAAUGGCACUCUGGAAAUAUGGAUCGUCAAUAAUUGCAGAAAAAGAUAAGAAACUUUCUGAAAACCAACAGUUCAAGGGCAGAUUAGACUUUAACCCCACAACCUUCAGUUUAACAGUGAGAGAACUGACUCUCCAAGAUUCUGGUGAUUAUCAUUUUGCCUCUGCGGUGACUGGCAAACAGAGGGGAACAGUCAUCAUCACUCUGCAAGUUCAUGAGCCCAUUACUAAAGAGCCCGACGUCUUUUUCAAUUCCACCUGGCACCCCUCAAAUGAAUCCUGUACAGCUUUGCUGAAGUGCAGUGCACCCCCUGAAAGCAAUGUCACCUACAACUGGACGGUGGGGAACCAAACUAUAACUGGCUCCAGCCUGGAAUACAGCAUGCGACCUCAGGAUGGAGAAACCAAAUUCACCUGCACUAUUUCCAACAUUGUCAGUGAGAUGUCAGCAUCCAGAACCGAGAGUUGCAGCAACAGUACAGCUGACCCAUCUAAACUAGACUGGAACUUUAUCAUUCUUCCGAGUGCGGCGGCAGGAGGAGGUUGUCUGGCGCUAAUCAUGAUAGUUGGAGUAGUUGUGUGUGUUUGUCACCACAAACAAAGCCAAGCAGCUAUUGACUCAAAUGACCUCACCGUCUACGCUGAUAUCACUGAUGUUGCAACUGAGGAUGGCACUACCAUGAAGCCAUGCACGCUGUAUGAAACCAUCGAUAACAGAGGCGAAACAGUCACAACUGGGCCCCAGACCGUGUACGACAAGAUCCAGUUUAAUCGGGCGAGGAAGGCCUCGGUGUCGCCCUAUCAGGAAGUGUCCUGAGGGGUCACAGCAUGAUGUAUAGAUGAGUUUCCUUUGAGUAAAAAGGUGUACCAAGAUACUUUGCUCUGAGCAAUAUUGAGAAAAUAUUAAUAUAAUGAAGAAAAGGCAUAAAACAAGUUAAAAAAAAAAGACUUUUGUACAUGAUUUUGUAAAUUUUCUAUCUUGAGCCCUGACAGACUAAAACACAACUUACGCUACAUGCUUCAGUUUUAUUAACAGUGUUGUAAAUUCUGUACAUACAGAGAUUAUGUUUUUAUUUGUACUGUACUAUGCAAAUCUUUUGUGCAUGUUCCUUCUGAGGCCUGCCAAAUGACUGUCUCGGCCUGUGCAAAGCCGGUCAUAUUAAAUUACAUUUAUUGUCA